GUAUUGGAUAACCCAAAUCUUAUUCCAUCCCGGACCAUGUCCGCCCAAAAGCAACUGAGGUGGAAUUGAAACCAGUAGGCAAACGUUGAAGAUGGAGGAGGCACACUAGUGUAGACUUCCUGGAGCGGCAGAUGAGCAUAAAUUGAUUUACGGAAAAACAGGGUUUAAGAAUCAAAAUGAGUCUCCGGAACCCACUGUCAACCCUUCCGUCCGAGAUCAACCACGACAUAUUCUUAAGGCUGGAAGGCAGGCAUCUGGUCACAGCCCAGUCUGUCAGCAAAGAGUGGUAUUCCUUCGUGCAAGACAUUAAAGCCUUCCACAUCGGGCAGCCCCGUCUUCUCAUCCUCUCGCGUGUAAAAGAUAUCCAUGAAGCAAAACGUCUGAAAGUGAGAUCAAUACGCCUUGAUCUUCGCACUGAAAACACAUCCCAGUUCACUGUUGAGCCUCAGGUCUGCGCCAUAACGGCCCACCGUUUUCGUAACAGUAUUGAUGCGGAUCGGGAUUUGUGUUCUUGUAAUGGGUUAGUGCUUCUUAUAUUUGAAAAACACAUUAUCUUGUGGAACCCUCUUGUAAGACGUUCCACCAAAGUUCUUGAGCUUCCACGGCUCCAUAUGCUUACAUGGAAGGAGCUUGGAGGGCUUUGUUACGACCCAUCCUCUAAUGAGUACAAGGUUGUCUUAUUGCUUUCUUGUAAGUCUAGUACUAUCAGAAUUGGUGAUCAGUAUGUGAUUGUUUCGGGCCUGAAAAACAAAGGGUGGCAAAAACUGUCCUUCCCAUAUGAACACCAUACUACAAGAGCAGGUGUCAACUUCAACAAUACUCUCCAUUGGAUAGUGAGAGACAAAAUUAGGAGUCCUUCUCUCAGAACAGUUCAUGUCAAUAAGGUGCUUUAUUACGACCCGGUUGAUAACACUUUCAAACAAUUGCCCACCCCUACAAAGAAUAAUCUAGAAGAGGAAAACCACAUAUAUGGUACAGGAAUCAUAGAGGGAUGUUUCUGCAUUGGUCAAUGGUAUCAAGGGAGGAAUGUCAUUCAAGUGUCAGUUAUGAAAGAAUAUGGGAACCCAGAGUCUUGGGUCACAAUCUUUGCCAUCCCCAUUUUGGGAUUUGGGCGGCACUUUAAUAUAUACAACCUCACAUUUUUUUCCCUACAUAAAAGCAAGAACUUAACCAUUAUGUGUAAAGACAACGGGAGAUUAUAUGUUUAUGAUGGGGAAGAAGACAAACUAGAACAGAGGUUCUUCCAUAUACCAAAAGAUGAAGAUGAGAGCAGGGUUAGAAUGUGUUUCUAUGCUCAAAGUUUUGAAUUGCCAUAUGGAGUAAGCUGGAGGAAUCGUGAUCGGCGCCAAUGCAGGACAUCCGAGUCCAGGACAUGUGGCCUUGACGGAAUGUUGGUAUGGCUAAUGAUCCUCCUCUAUGUUGCAUGUAUGUUUGGGGUUCUAUUGGAUUCUCGUCCUUGCACAAGCUAAAGUUUAUUGUUGAGUAUAAUUUGCACACCAAGUCGUCUAUCACUCGUAUUAUAUAGGAAUAUUUUUGUUGACUUAUUCGUUCUUAUUAAAAGUUUUUAUACCUAGUAUUAUACUCCGUAUGACACAUGUAUAAUGUGUAGUACUUAUCUCCAGUUUGGGAUUGGUAUUACACGGUCACAUAUAAAAACUCAACUUUUAACCAUCACGUGUAAAGAGUACGGGAGAAUAUGUGUUUAUGAUGUGGAAGAAGGAAACGUAGAAGAGAUGUUCUCUGUACCAAAAGAUGAAUAUCAGAGCAUGGUUGGAAUGUGUUCAUAUGUUCAAACUUUUGAAUUGCCAUAUGGUCAUAUGGAGUAAGCAGGCUGCAGGAGGCCGGUAUGGUGAUCUGCACAAAUGCAGGUUUUAACACGUUUUGGAAUAUUUGGACCUUUUUAUCAUUAAAAGAAUAUAUUAAUUGUUGUUUCUAGCUAUAAAUGUAUUUGAAUAUCACAAGACUAACUGUGACAUCUUCCAUACUAAUUUAAAGAACCAAGCAUUAUUUUUGGCUUAGAUGUCUGUAGUGCUGGACUCGGGCCGGGCGGCCCGGCCCGGUUACUGUUUGGCCCGGCCCGGCCCGGGGCCCGGUGGGUCCACCGGUUCGGUUCGGCCCGGCCCGGCUGCUGGGCGGUUCGGGCUCGGGCCUAGGUUUUGGUGAACCGGCCCGGCCGGUUCGGGCCCGGUCCGGGCCGGAUUUUAAUUUUUUUUUUUGAAAUUUUUUUAAGUUUUAGGUUGGAUUAGGUAUUUUGGGCCAUUUGAGGUGGUUUGGGAUGGUUUGGGGUUGAGGGGGAAGGGUAGGGGAUUAAAUAGGAGAACAAAAAAAAAAUUAAUUGGGCCGGUUCGGCCCGGCCCGGUUUGGCCCGGAACCGGGACCGGAACCGGCCACCGGCGGUUCGGGCUCGGGCCUCCCUUUCCUGGCCCGAGGCCCGGCCGGGCCCGAACCGGCCCGAGUCCAGCCCUAGAUGUUUGUGAUGCAGUCCAUUUGAUGUUAUUUUAUACUCCUUACUUCUGAAUGUAUCGAUCAUAUUUUUUCCAAAGAAGAGGACUGUGAGGUGAUGAGAGAGGUUUUAUUAUCAUUUAAAUAGCAUGAAGUGACCAUAUCUUACUGAGGUUUAAGCUUAAGGUCCAUAUGAAACUUCAGAUCGAGCAAGUCAACAGGAUCUUGUAUGUAUUCAUCUGUUUUUUCCAGGCUGGUUCAUAUGAUGGGUCUAAAAUGCCCAAUUUUAUUUCUCUACUGAUAUUCCAAUAGCCCUUAAUGGCAAUAGUGCAUUGAUCAAUGGUUGACAUUCACUUCUUUUAUUAUUACUAUAGGAUGACAGAGGCCAUAAGUAUAUCAUAUUUCAGGGUGUGAUGAUCAAUUUGUUGUUAUAAAAUAAAAUGUGCAUAAUGUGGUGUGUGAUGCGUGGAAGUUUAACUUUGCAUGUGUGGAAAUGUGGAACUAAAAAUUAUUAACGAGAACACAUAUGGGUAUUACCAGUCGAUUCAGAAAUUUCAUUGAGAGAGGUGUUUCAAAAGUUUAAAACAAAAACCGUUCACUUAUUAACAAACAUGUUAUCUUUUGCUACAAUGUAUGCAUUUGAAACCAGAAAUUUUCAAUUUUUCCUAAAUGAAGAGAACACUGGUGUUGCGUUUCUCAUCAUGGAAAGAUUAGACCUGUUUUUGAGUUUUUUUAUUAAUGAGCAAAUCUGUUCUACAUUAACUAGGUCGAUUGUCUUGGUUUUUAUGUUGAGUUUUUCAGAAACAUGGCGAAUAUGUGUUAGCAAAGAAUCCUCUAUGAUGCUGUGGGAAACAGUAAAUUUGCCUUUUUUAUGAUUGAUGAAGCAAAGUUUAAUCUCGAACCUUGGAUAUAUUAACUCUUUUAGAUUUCAGACUUGUAAUGUAUGUAAAGCCAGAUCAAGGACAUGGAUGAAUACUUUGGAUUGGUUUAAUUUCUUUAUAUUUUAGUGAUCAGAUUUCAGAUGGAUUAGCUUCAUUUAUAUAGAAAAUAGUGAAAACUACGUAACAUGCUGUUAAAAGUACUUGCUUUCCCUUUCAUCAUAUUUGAACCAUCUCUUCAAGAGUUCAAGUAUAUAUUUUGUUGUCAAAUUUGAACCAUCUCUUCAAAUUUCGUGGAGGCAUGAGUAAAUUU